CAUGACUGGCACUACACAGACCUCUUCGGCCAGCCCUCCUACUGCUGCGUCUGUGCCCAGCACAUCCUUCAGGGCGCCUUCUGCCCCUGCUGCGGGCUGCGUGUCAGCGAGGGCUGCCUCAAGAAGGCUGACCAGCUCUUUCUCUGCAAGGAGAUCAUGAUGAGGAGCAACGGUGGAGCCCCCAGUGCGAUGCCGCAUCACUGGAUCAGAGGCAACGUCCCGCUCUGCAGCUGCUGUAAGGUGUGCAAACAACAGUGUGGCACGCAGCCCAAGCUCUGCGACUACAGAUGUGUGUGGUGUCAGUACACCGUACAUGAUGACUGCAUGGUGGAUCAUUUAAAGACUGAGAAGUGUACAUUUGGAGAAUUCAGAGACUUAAUUAUUCCACCAUAUUAUUUGUCUACAAUCAACCAGAUGCGUAAAGAUAAAAGAACCAGUUAUGAAAAGGUAGUACCUUACUGCAGAAAACACUGGAUGCCAGUCAUCAUACUGGCUAAUACUCGUAGUGGAAACAACAUGGGUGAAACUUUACUAGGAGAAUUUAAAAUUCUUCUGAACCCCGUUCAGGUUUUUGAUCUAAGCAAAAUUACACCUGCUAAAGCACUCCAACUCUGUACCUUGCUGCCUUGUAACGCUGUCAGGGUUCUUGUCUGUGGUGGGGAUGGCACAGUAGGCUGGGUCCUGGAUGCAAUUGAUGAAAUGAAGAUAAAGGGGCAAGAACGUUAUAUUCCCCAAGUUGCAAUUUUACCUCUGGGAACAGGUAAUGACCUGUCCAAUACACUGGGCUGGGGUGCAGGUUAUGCUGGAGAAGUCCCUGUAGAACAAAUCUUACGAAAUGUCAUGGAGGCAGAUGGAAUCAAACUAGACAGAUGGAAGGUUCAAGUUACAAACAAAGGAUACUACAACUUAAGGAAACCAAAGGUAUUCACAAUGAACAACUACUUUUCUAUAGGACCUGAUGCUCUCAUGGCUUUAAACUUUCAUGCUCAUCGUGAGAAGACUCCCUCUCUGUUUUCCAGCAGAAUUAUUAAUAAGGCUGUUUAUUUUUUUUAUGGAACCAAAGACUGCUUAGUACAAGAAUGUAAAGAUCUUAACAAAAAGAUUGAGCUAGAGUUGGAUGGUGAGAGAAUCGAGUUGCCCGAUUUGGAAGGGAUCAUUGUCCUGAAUAUUGGAUACUGGGGAGCUGGCUGUAGGCUCUGGGAAGGAACAGGUGAUGAACCUUAUCCCUUGGCAAGGCAUGAUGAUGGACUUCUGGAGGUUGUUGGCGUUCAUGGUUCUUUCCACUGUGCCCAGAUUCAGAUGAAACUAGCAAAUCCCCUUCGCCUGGGGCAGGCCCAUACAGUGAGGCUGAUCUUGAAGAGUUCAAAGAUGCCGAUGCAGGUGGAUGGAGAGCCGUGGGCUCAGGGGCCCUGCACUGUUACCAUAACUCAUAAGACACGUGCACUGAUGUUGUAUCCCUCGGGUGAACAAACAGACGAUGAAGCUUCCAGCGUGUCUGAGCAAGACCACGUGAGAGAACAGACAGAUGAAGAUGUAUAG